AUGUCCCCCCACACACACACACACACAUUCAAUGACAACGAGUGUCUUCUCUCUCUCUGCAGGCCUGUGGGAACACCGUUUGAAGACGGAACGUUUAAGUUGCUGAUAGAGUUUUCCGAGGAGUACCCGAACAAGCCUCCCACGGUCCGGUUUGUCUCCAGAAUGUUUCACCCCAAUGUUUACGCAGACGGCAGUAUUUGUCUAGACAUCCUCCAGAACCGCUGGAGCCCCACGUACGACGUGUCGUCCAUACUCACCUCCAUCCAGUCGUUGCUGGAUGAGCCAAACCCAAACAGCCCGGCCAACAGUCAGGCCGCACAGCUCUACCAGGAAAACAAGCGGGAGUACGAGAAGAGGGUGACGGCCAUCGUGGAGCAAAGCUGGGUGGACGUCUGAGCUCCGCCUCCUCCGCCAUCAUCACCGCCGUACUCCACCCGUUCAUUCUUACCUCAUCGAGAAAGAAGAAUAAAAAAGAGCAACUAUAUCAGAAGAACUCAAGUGCCACCCUAAGAAGAAACCCAACCAGAGUGGACAUUGACAUGCUUGCCGACUCAAAUCAGUUUCUGGUCCUUUUUAAUUUGACUUUUUUAUUGCAUGAUGUGAAAUAAGUUAUUGCUAACGGAAUUUGUAAUAUAUCUUUGUUGUUUGGUUGGAUUGAUGCAGUUGGUGUUUGAGUAUUACACUUUGUUAUUUUUGGAAGUUUUCCUCUGUGUAACGUCUGGUUCGGGCCGGAUGAUUUAAAUGGACCCAGUUUGUCGGAAUUAAGAGACCGUAAUCUUCCAAAUGAGACCUUUUAUCGGCGGCCACAGCGCCACGCAGAAAGUACAGCUCCCACCAUGUGUGUUAAAUCCCUCUUAAAAUUACAUUUUAAAUCAAAGAGCAGAAGACUGCAGUCGUCUCCGGUUCCCUUUUUUAAUGAUUUAAACCUGAGAAUAUUAACAUCAGAGGAAUAACUCACGAGACGCCAUGAAGCUCCACCCCUCUGAUACGUGAGGGGAGCCACGAGGGAUGUUAAAGAUUUUGAAUUUAAAAAAAAAUGUAUACUUAACAAUAUGCUGUAUAAACAUAAUAAAUAAACACAUUUUUCAGAGUUUGAAA